CGUGGAUUUAAACUGAGCUUUCGAGGAAUCCUCGAUCACAAGGGAGAAACGCCGCCAAAAACUGAUUCCGGCCCUUCUCACAAGCGAAAUCUCGACACGAAAGUCUACCAGAAAGGCUGGUCCCAGAUCAAGUCGGGUGUUCGAUGUUUUGAUUGGGAAUUCGGUAUCGAGCGACGCGUAAGAUCAAGGAGGCUCAUCGCAAGUAUCUUGUGUGCUUCGGUUCCCUUGAAUACGGAAAAGUGCGACUUCAGGAUGAGGCUGCCUGUGUUCCUCUUCCAAAUGAGCCUCUGGCUCGGGACAAACGCCCAAGAUUGUCAAAUUCCGAGGGAAUCCUUCGGUCCACUCCCACCCGUGCUGCCUGAAAACUUUCACAUGGUCUAUGAGAAAAUCAAUCUGGUAGAGAAGACAGCUGAAUACUUCGAUGUCUGGUAUUCCUGGAAGGAACAGAAAGCUCGAGUCGAGAGAGUCGAUUCCAUGAACAAGGGAAAGGUGAUGAUAUUCGAUUUCGAGUUCUCCUCGAGCUUCGGAUACAAUGUGCCGCGGCCCGAUAUUGUCAGAAAGACCGACGAAGCGACCGGCGAAUCGAGUGACGGCUCGAUGGAUCAAGACGCCUCACUCAAUUACGAACCAAUUACACCGGAUCUCUAUCCCAAUCUCUAUUUCUUUAACCCUUCGGAGAGACCCGUGCGUAUGAGCGACGUUUACCACUCGCUCCUCUUCGGGGGUCCUUUCCGAUUCAAGUUCGCGGGGAAUGUCUCUGACGACUCGAGUCGUUUCAUCAAAUCGAACAAGUUCGAAGGCUGCGUCGUGGAUGAAUCGACCGGGAAAUUGCUCAAAGUCGUCUACUACUGGACCCAGGAAGACGACAUGGAAAAGCCGGUCAAGUGCGAGCGCACCGGCGACGGCGUCGACGAAGUGCUCUCCAUAAUUCGCUUCGACAGAGAUCCGCAAUUUCCCCCCGAUGUCUUCUCACUCCCCAGGCACAAGGUAUGCGCCAAUCAUCCGGGCGUCGUGGACCGCAAGAACUUUCCGGCCAUGAGCGACGAUUUUGCCUGGAGGCAGGAAACAUUUUCUUGGUCAAGCACCGAGGAAGGCGUACUGUAUGGUAACAUCGAGCAGAGCUACCGGGAGGUGUGGGUCACGGAUUUGUACAAAAUAGCUCGUUUGGAUUGGACUCCACGGAGAUCCGAAGUCGAAGGGACCACCUUCGAAAGUUUCGCUGGGAGACCGCUCUCGAUCAUCGCCGACAUUCCGUACCGAGCGGUGUUCAUCACUGACAAGAUCAACGGUCGAUGCGUUGUUAAACCCCUCACCGAAGACUUUCCCCUCUCCGUGAAGGUCAACGGCACUUACAAGCUGAAGAAAGUGUUCGACCUCAUCGGCAUGGACGGUCCAAGAGCCCUGAAGGGCGAGUAUGUCGAGAGGAACGGCGAUGUGCUCGUGUACACUUCCAACUACACCACGCAGCCUAACGCAGAGUUCGCAACCGCCCAUGAAACGUCACUCCGUUUCGAUGUGCAACAAGCAACCGAGUCGUUUGGAGCUUUCCAAUUCGUCCCCGUCUCCCAACUCACUCAACGGAUCGCGUCGGAUCCCGAGGGCGAGAACCCGGCGCGAUUGAGCUACGAGCAGACCUCGUACUUCCGAUACAGCAGCGAGCACCGACCAUUGCACCUCUUCUCAGCUCCGGGUUGCAUCGUUCAUCACAAACGGAAAGUUUUCGAAUUGAGGUUCGCCGGAAGCACGUGGGGCGUGAUAAGCGGGAGAAAAGACGAGUUCGUGGACGAGCUCCGACAUCAGAUUUAUCUCAGGGGAGAUCUCGACACUUUGAUGAGAGUUCAAGCCGUAAACGCCUACGAGGCGUCCGACGUGCUUGCCACGGUAACUCUCCUCGAGCCGUUAGAGGAGAUCGAUUCCGAAAUUUCUAUAUCGAUCGAUGAGGCCGCCCAGAGAAUCGCAAAAGAUGUAGACGAAGGCAAUUUCGCCGUUCCUUUCGUUUUUGAGGGUGGAGAUCAGCUGAUCGCUGUCGAGAACUCGUUCAGGAUGUUGAACCCGACGAGCAGUGUUGCCAAUUUGAGACGCUCUCGACGAGAAGUCGUUCAAGAACCAGAUGAGCCCGUCAGUCCUGAUUCCGGAUACAGUUUAGGGACCUUCAUCGGAGUGUGCUUCGCAGCUUUCGUGCUAGGCAUCGGCGGAGGUCUCUCAUACAUCUACUUCAGGGCCAGGUUCAAUCAGACGACACAACCCGAUGUCGUUCCUCUUGGAGAGAUGGAACAGAGUCUAGACCACGAGCAUAUCCAAGAAGCAGGACCCUCCGGGUGGAAGGCAAAUGAGGUCUACUAGUCGUUGCGAAAGGCCUUCCAAUAAUUGAACGGAGAAAAUUUCUUCAUCCUCUUUCCGGGCGUCAUGACCUUGCUCAGUAUCUUUUAAUCAUUCAUUCGUGCAUCACCUUACAUUUAUCGACUGUCUGGCAAACUAGAUAUGCGCUCAUACCGGGAGAGGUCCAAGGCAUCCGCCUGGCAGCGUCGAUCAAAUCGUUCGAAUAGACUUUAUGACAUGAGCAUAUCAGACUUCACUCCUGAAGUCGCGCGAACAUUUUCUGCAAUAAAGCGAAGGAUUCGAUAAUCCCAUGA